UUGAGAAAGGGAAAAACACUCAUAUAUAGAGCACGGGCAAUGAUAGUUGGUUGUGCGGGAGCUGGAAAAACAACUUUAUUAGAAAGACUGCAAGGAACAUCACUGGAAGAUAUACAGAAAAUCAAGUCUACUGUGGGACUAGAUGUGCACAAUGAUAUUUUUGUAGUACUGGAAAAAGAAGGAAAACUGGAAGUUGCUAUGCGUAAAUGCGAUCCUGCAAUCCAUAUAAAAGAAAAUGUUCCAGUUGACGAUGCAGAAAAGAUAGAGGAGAAAAGACUUCUAAGCAUCCUGGAUUUCGGAGGACAGUGUAUGUAUUACGCCUGUCAUCAAAUCUACCUCAGCAAACGAGCGUUCUAAAUUUUGGUAAUUGACAUGUCUAAAGACCUGGAAGAUGUCAUAGAUGAAGAGCUUUGCGAUCAAAAGGAUACUAUGUUCUCAAAAUGGAGCCACAAGGAUUAUCUUCUAUUUUGGUUGAAAUCUGUAAACUGUUAUUGUGGAAAUGAGGCCCCUGUUAUUCUUGUAGCUACUCACGCAGAGGGAAAAUCGGAACAGAAAAGGACGGAAUAUUACCAAGAACUUAUCAAGACGUUUCCUGUGUCUUCGACGAUUAAAACACACUUGUGCAGCGAUAGAUAUUUUACAUUAAGUCUUAAAAAGCAUGAUGCAGCAUGUAUUGAAAGUCUAGAUGAAUUAGAAAGAAGCAUUGUGGAAGUAGUUAUGUCACAAAAACAGUGGGGAGAAGAGAUACCCCUGGAUUGGGCCAUAUUUGAAAAAUUCAUUUCAGAGAAAAAAGAAACAAAGCUUCAGAAACUGGACAAAUUAAAGAAAUCAUUUGAUGAAUUGCUUCCUUUAAGCAGACAGGAAUUCAAAGAUUUAUUACGCUUUUAUCAUGAUAUUGGUGUGAUUCUAUAUUUUUCAUCAGAAGAACCAAUAAAAAAUGAUGACCGUCAGUUUCAGUUUGGUACUGAAAUAGUUAUCCUGGAUAUUCAGUGGUUUGUCAAUUCAUUCAAAUAUGUUAUAACUGAUUCAAAGCAAGCCAGUUUCAAUAAAGUAAUUGAUGCAGCCCCCACUAGAGAGGCGCUUGAUACAUUUACAACUACAGGAGAAAUAUCCGGGGCAUUCUUACGAGCAAUCUGGACAGUUACAAAAAAUCAAACAGCAGUUGAAUACAAGGAUGAUAUGAUGAAAUACAUGGAACGAUUGGGUCUCAUGGCGAUAGAAGAAAAGUCAGAUAUAUGUUUUAUUCCAAGUAUGAAUAGAAUGAAAGUCCCAAAGGAUGUUAAAUCAAAGAUUCAUUCCCGUCUUAAAAAAUCACCAACUCUGUACUUCAGAUUCCCUGUUUUACCUGUAUUUCUCUUCUACAGACUGAUUGUGUGUUGUUUAAAGUCGCAGUGGGAACCUUUGAUGGACGGAAGAAAAUGUAUCUAUAUUGACACUGCUAUGUUUUAUUAUCAAAAACACGUUUUAGUUUUAGGAGUCAGUGAGAGUUAUAUACAGUUGAUGCUGUAUAAUGAUGAUGAUCAGACGCAAGAAGAAUUAAUACAGAGGACCUUUGGUGAUGUUAAAAGAAAAGUAAUGAAAAUGUUGUAUUCUUUAACAAAAACAUUUAACAUCGACCUUCAUUAUGAAGUUGGAUAUAGCUGUACACCUAUACAACGGGAACAAAUGCCCCCUUCACGCACACGCAGAAGACCAUGA